AAAAUUUUGGAAACAACAAAAAAAAAAAAUCAAUUUGUGAAAAUUUUUCAUAAUUUUUCCUUAAAAAGAAAAAUAAAAGUUACAAAAAUUGGAAAUUUAAUGGGACUGUUAUAAAAGGCUGUGAUAGUGUUGAUUUUUUUAUUAAACAGUUUUUUUUUUUAUAAAGUAUAAGGUUUAGUUACAGAAACAGGAUUAAGAAAAGUUUCUAGAAAAAAAAAAUUUAAAAUUCAUGUGCAUACAUACAUACAGAUGUACAUAUAAAUAGCAAAAGAAAAAAAAAUUUCAUCGAUUUUUUUUUAUGUAAUUCUUACCUUGAGGACAAAACAAAAAUAAUAAUAUAAAAAGCAACAAUAAGAAUAGAGUGUGCUAAGGAUUAUUCUCGACUUUUUGUUCUGUUCGUACAUCUAUUUCGAUAAUUUCGAAUUUAUUGGAAUAAAAAUAAUAGGUACUAAAUUUAAAAGAAAAAAAGAAAAUUUGUUCCUCGAUUAUUUUUCUACCUAUUUUUGGAUAAAACAAAUUAAAUUUUUAUAUUAGAUUAAAUAAUGCAUCGUGCUAAUUCAGCUUUUGCCAUGGCGGCAAUACCAUUAGGUCAUCAAAGUUUUGCAAGUUGGCUUCUACGAGGUCCUCUUAAAAAUACCUUGAAAAGAGAAGUUGCUGCAGUUACAGCUCUUAAAAAAUAUAAUUCAGCAGCUGCAGAACCAUUUAUCAAUGGCACGACAACAAGCUAUAUAGAAGAAAUGUAUAAUUCAUGGCUUCAAGACCCAUCUUCAGUUCAUAGAUCAUGGGAUGCCUAUUUCCGUAAUAAUGAAUAUGCGCCACCACCAAAUUUAUCACCAGCUUCUAGAAAUACUUUACCAGUAUCACAAUUUGUUGGUGGUGCUGUUGGAUUAGGUCCACGUGCUGAUGAUAAAACUAUUGACGAUCAUUUAGCUGUACAAAAUAUUAUUAGAAGUUAUCAGCAACGCGGUCAUUUGGCAGCCGUAUUGGAUCCUUUAGGAAUUACAAAUGCACCAACAGUUAUCGGUAAAGAUGGCGUUGAACGUCGCGGUAAUGAGAGAGUACUUAGACAACAUAGUUGGUUCAUACAGGGUGAGCAAGAUAUGGAGCGACAAUUUAAACUCCCAAGUACAACAUUCAUUGGAGGAGAUGAAAAAGCCCUUCCUCUUAAGGAAAUCUUAAAUAGAUUAGAAAGUGUUUAUUGUAAUAAAAUUGGUGUUGAAUUUAUGUUUAUCAAUUCAUUGGAACAAUGUAAUUGGAUUAGAAAACGAUUUGAAUCACCUGGAGUGUUAAGUUUUUCACCAGAAGAAAAACGUUUAAUUUUAGCCCGUUUAACUAGAGCAACUGGAUUUGAAGCAUUUUUAGCAAAGAAAUUUUCAUCAGAAAAACGUUUUGGUCUUGAAGGCUGUGAAAUGAUGAUUCCAGCUUUGAAACAGUUAAUCGACACAUCAACUGAAUUGGGUGUUGAAUCAAUUAUUAUGGGAAUGCCUCAUAGAGGUCGUUUAAAUACUUUAGCAAAUGUUUGUCGUAAACCUUUACAUCAAAUCUUUACACAAUUUGCUGGAUUAGAAGCAGCUGAUGAUGGUUCUGGUGAUGUUAAAUAUCAUUUGGGUACAUAUAUUGAGCGAUUAAAUCGUGUCACAAACAAAAAUAUACGUUUAGCUGUUGUUGCAAAUCCAUCACAUUUGGAAGCUGUUGAUCCAGUUGUCCAAGGAAAAACAAGAGCUGAACAAUUCUAUCGUGGUGAUAAUGAAGGUAAAAAAGUAAUGUCCAUUUUGAUUCACGGUGAUGCUGCAUUCUGCGGUCAAGGCAUUGUUUUUGAAACAAUGCAUUUAUCAGAAUUACCUGAUUAUACUACACAUGGUACAAUUCAUAUUGUUUGCAACAAUCAAAUUGGUUUUACAACUGAUCCACGUUUUUCACGUUCAUCACCUUAUUGUACUGAUGUCGCUCGAGUUGUCAAUGCACCAAUUUUCCAUGUUAAUGGUGAUGAUCCAGAAGCUGUAAUGCAUGUUUGCAAAGUAGCAGCUGAAUGGAGAUCCACUUACCAUAAAGAUAUUGUUAUCGAUAUUGUUGGAUAUCGUAGAAACGGACACAAUGAAAUUGAUGAACCAAUGUUUACUCAACCACUUAUGUACCAAAAGAUUCGUCAACAUAAAACAUCUCUACAAAUUUAUGCUGAUCAACUUACUGCAGAAGGUGUUGUAAGCGCAGAUGACGUAAAAUCUGUGGCUGAUAAAUAUGAGAAAAUUUGCGAAGAGGCUUUCGAACUAGCUAAAAAGGAAACACAUAUCAAAUACAAGGAUUGGAUUGAUUCUCCGUGGUCUGGAUUCUUUGAAGGAAAGGACCCUCUCUGCGUUUCUCCUACUGGUGUAAAAGAAGAAACUUUGAUUCAUAUUGGCAAUCGUUUUUCAGCGCCUCCACCAAAUGCAGCUGAAUUCGUGAUUCACAAAGGCUUGAUGAGAGUUUUGGCUGCUCGUAAGGAAAUGGUUGACAAACGUAUUGUAGAUUGGGCUCUUGGUGAAGCUAUGGCUUUCGGCUCACUUCUUAAAGAAGGCGUCCAUGUACGCUUGUCAGGUCAAGAUGUAGAACGUGGCACAUUCUCUCAUCGUCAUCAUGUUUUGCACCAUCAAAAAGUCGACAAAGCCACUUAUACUCCACUUUGUCAUUUAUAUCCUGAUCAAGCACCUUACUCUGUUUCAAACAGCUCACUUUCUGAAUACGCUGUUCUGGGUUUUGAACAUGGAUAUUCAAUGACUAAUCCAAAUGCCUUAGUUUUAUGGGAAGGCCAGUUUGGUGAUUUCAUGAACACCGCUCAAUGUAUUAUUGAUCAAUUUAUAUCAAGUGGUCAAGCAAAAUGGGUACGUCAGUCAGGUCUUGUUAUGUUAUUACCCCACGGUAUGGAAGGUAUGGGACCUGAACAUAGCUCCGCUCGUUUAGAACGGUUCUUGCAAAUGUCAUCUGACGAUCCAGAUUAUUUCCCGCCAGAGUCCGAUGAAUUUGCUAUUAGACAAUUACACGAUAUUAAUUGGAUUGUUGCUAAUUGUUCAACACCAGCUAAUUAUUUCCACAUCUUAAGAAGACAAAUUGCUUUACCUUUCCGUAAACCACUUAUUAUUAUGACUCCAAAAUCAUUGUUGAGACUUCCUGAAUGUAGAUCUACAUUUGACGACAUGGUAGAAGGCACGGAGUUCCAACGCGUCAUCUCUGACAGUGGUCCAGCAAGUGAAAAUGCAUCGAGCGUAAAAAAAUUAGUUUUUUGUACUGGCAGAGUUUAUUAUGAUUUAGCUAAAGCUCGUGCUGAAAAUAAAUUGGAAAAAGAUAUUGCAAUUUCUAGAAUUGAACAAAUUUCACCCUUCCCAUUCGAUUUGGUUAAAAAAGAAGCUGAAAAAUACAAGAACGCUGAAAUAGUUUGGGCUCAAGAAGAACACAAAAAUCAAGGUGCUUGGUCGUAUGUGCAUCCAAGAAUUAUCACAGCUUUAUGCGGAGCGAGGGAUAUCAAUGCUGACGAAACAAAUGAUCCUUUGAGACCUGCAAAGGCUGGUGAUUUUAGCAUACGAGUUGAUUUCAAUAAACCAUCAUCUGAUGAUACCUCAGCAAACAUAAUUAAAGUUAAUAAUGGAAGGCAAAUUAGAUACGUUGGAAGACCCACUGGAGCAUCUACUGCUACUGGAUCUAAAGCACAACACAAUAGAGAGUUACAUAAUAUAGUACAUGAUUUUUUGAAUUAAAGUAAUACUUCAACCUUUGUUUUUUUGUAU